AUGAACCCCGAGAAGGACUUCGCGCCGCUCACGCCCAACAUCGUGCGCGCCCUCAAUGACAAGCUCUACGAGAAGCGGAAGGUGGCGGCGCUGGAAAUCGAGAAGCUGGUCCGGGAGUUCGUGGCCCAGAACAACACCGUGCAGAUCAAGCAUGUGAUCCAGACCCUGUCUCAGGAGUUUGCCUUGUCUCAGCACCCCCACAGCCGGAAAGGGGGCCUCAUCGGCCUGGCCGCCUGCUCCAUCGCGCUGGGCAAGGACUCAGGGCUCUACCUGAAGGAGUUGAUUGAGCCGGUGCUGACCUGCUUCAAUGACGCAGACAGCAGGCUGCGCUACUACGCCUGCGAGGCCCUCUACAACAUCGUCAAGGUGGCCCGGGGCGCCGUGCUGCCCCACUUCAACGUGCUCUUUGACGGGCUGAGCAAGUUGGCUGCUGACCCAGACCCCAAUGUGAAAAGCGGAUCUGAGCUGCUAGACCGCCUUUUAAAGGACAUCGUGACGGAGAGCAACAAGUUUGACCUGGUGGGCUUCAUCCCCUUGCUGCGGGAGAGGAUUUACUCCAACAACCAGUACGCCCGGCAGUUCAUCAUCUCCUGGAUCCUGGUUCUGGAGUCGGUGCCAGACAUUAACCUGCUGGAUUAUUUGCCAGAGAUCCUGGAUGGACUCUUCCAGAUCCUGGGUGACAACGGCAAAGAGAUUCGGAAAAUGUGUGAAGUGGUCCUUGGAGAAUUCUUGAAAGAAAUUAAGAAGAACCCCUCCAGUGUUAAGUUUGCCGAGAUGGCCAACAUCCUGGUGAUCCACUGCCAGACCACGGACGACCUGAUCCAGCUGACAGCCAUGUGCUGGAUGAGGGAGUUCAUCCAGCUGGCCGGCCGGGCGAUGCUGCCCUACUCCUCCGGGAUCCUGACCGCCGUCUUGCCCUGCCUGGCCUACGACGACCGCAAGAAGAGCAUCAAGGAGGUAGCCAACGUGUGCAACCAGAGCCUCAUGAAGCUGGUCACCCCUGAGGACGAUGAGCCUGAGGAGCCAAAGCCAGUGGUGCAGAGGCAGGCAGACCCCAUCCCCGACGACUCUUUGGCGAAGCAGGAGGGGCCAGGCAGUGGAGGCCCCGAUGUUUCUUGUGACUCCAGCUUCAGUAGUGGCAUCAGUGUCUUCUCUCCAGCCAGCACUGAGAGAGUCCCGGUCACCCUCCACCUGGACGGGAUUGUGCAGGUGCUGAACUGCCACCUCAGCGACAUGGCCAUCGGCAUGAUGACCCGGAUCGCCGUCCUGAAGUGGCUUUACCACCUCUACAUCAAGACUCCCCGCAAGAUGUUCCGGCACACGGACAGCCUCUUCCCCAUCCUCCUGCAGACGCUGUCGGAUGAAUCUGAUGAGGUUAUCCUGAAGGAUCUGGAGGUGCUGGCAGAAAUCGCCUCCUCCCCUGCAGGCCAGACAGAGGAUCCAGGCCCCCUCGAUGGCCCUGACCUCCGGGCCAGCCACUCCGAGCCUCAGGUGCCCACCCCUGGCAGGGCCGGCCUGCUGAGCACUCCCAGUACCAAAGGCUUAGAAUGUUCUCCUUCCUCUCCCACCAUGAACUCCUACUUCUACAAGUUCAUGAUCAACCUUCUCAAGAGGUUCAGCAGUGAACGGAAGCUCCUGGAGGUCCGAGGCGCCUUCAUCAUCAGGCAGCUGUGCCUCCUGCUGAACGCGGAGAACAUCUUCCACUCGAUGGCGGACAUCCUGCUUCGAGAAGAGGACCUCAAGUUCGCCUCGACCAUGGUCCACACCCUCAACACCAUCCUGCUCACCUCCACCGAGCUCUUCCAGCUGAGGAACCAGCUCAAGGACCUGAGGACGCUGGAGAGCCAGGACCUGUUCUGCUGCCUGUACCGCUCCUGGUGCCACAACCCCGUCACCACCGUGUCCCUCUGCUUCCUCACCCAGAACUACCGGCACGCCUACGACCUCAUCCAGAAGUUCGGGGACCUGGAGGUCACGGUGGACUUCCUCACGGAGGUGGACAAGCUGGUUCAGCUCAUCGAGUGCCCCAUCUUCACAUAUCUGCGCCUGCAACUGCUGGACGUGAAGAACAACCCAUACCUGAUCAAGGCCCUCUACGGCCUGCUCAUGCUGCUGCCCCAGAGCAGUGCCUUCCAGCUGCUCUCCCACCGGCUCCAGUGCGUGCCCAACCCCGAGCUGCUGCAGACCGAAGACAGUCUGAAGGCCGCCCCCAAGUCGCAGAAGACAGACGCUGCCAGCAUCGACUACGCGGAGCUGCUGCAGCACUUCGAGAAGGUCCAGAAGAAACACCUGGAAGUGCGGCACCAGCGGAGUGGGCGUGGGGACCACCUGGACCGCAGGGUGGUCCUCUGA